AUGCCUAUCGGAGAUCUACUCGCAGAGAUCACGGGCGAGAAGCCGCCGCCCGCCCCCGCGCCCACGGCCUCUAGGAGUUCCAGCACCACUGGGAUCAAGCGCAAGGCCGACGGCGAUACAGCCACCAACGGGGUGCCCAACAAGUCGGCAAAACAGUCGCACUCUGUCUCGAGAGAUCCUGUCGAUCGGAAGCCUUCCCCGCUUUCGAUCCGUCCAGGCACUACGGCCAGGGCCGCUCCUCCGGCGAAUGGACAGCGUCCUAUUACAAAGGCCACACCGGCGUCGAAUGAUCGACCCUACACAGGCACUGCUACUCCCGGGCGUGUGAUUCGGAAGCCUGUCGAGCCGUCUGGCUCUUCGUCUCUGAAGAAAAACGAUACCGACUCGUCUUCUCGUCCUAAGCUCGCCCCGAGCACUCUUGGUACCUCCAGAGUUGCCGCAGCGAUCCCCUCACCCACGACGCCAACCACUUCGGGUCCCGCCAAGGUGCCCAAGAAAGGAUCGCUUGCAGAGAUCUUGGCUCGUGGUGCCAAGGCGCAACAGACAGCUCCGAAAGCUGGGGUCUAUCAGCACAAGGCCAUCAGCGAGACUAUCACAAGUAAGAAGGAUCGUGAGGAGCAGUUGCGGAAUUCGAAGUGGAAGUCGGGGAGAGCUGCUACCGCCACAGGUCCCGGUUCGGUUGCAUCUCGAGACAAGCCGGCCCCAGGCACCAAGAACGGCGUGUCCAGAGAUUCACAGAUUGCCGGAAAGGGCAAGGGGCUCCAGAGUUCUUCAGCUGGUGAAGCAUUGGACAAGAAGGUGAAGAAGGCUGCCAUGGCUACGACUGGCUACACCGGCACUGCUCGGCCCCCGCCGAAGCGAACCACGGACUCAAAGGACUCCAAGUCAGCAUCCGGACGCUCACGCCCCGCCGGUGGCCUGCUCGCUCCACCCCGGGCCAGCCGUCGGGAUCGGUAUGAGGACGAAGACUCUGAACUAGACGACUUUGUCGUCGACGAUGAGGACGAAGAAGAACUCCCGCCGCGCGGCUACAGAUAUGCCGACUACGAAUCUGACAGUGAUAUGGAGGCCGGCGCGGACGACAUCUACAUGGAGGAACAAAAGUCUCUGCGACAGGCCCGCCAAGAUGAUGCCAAAGAAGAGGCCAUGUUAGAGAAGCUGAGGCGCGAGAAGGAGGCAAGAAAGAGACGCGGUGGCUACUAG